AUGCGCACCUACCGGUUGCGUUUAAACCCGGCAAAAUGCACGUUUGCCGUCCAGACCGGGAAGUUUUUGGGAUUCAUGAUGACGAAGAAGGGAAUCGAACCCAACCCGGUUAAGGUAAAAGCUAUAUUGGAUAUGCAACCGCCCACCACAGUCCGGGAAGUCCAGCAACUAACCGGAAGACUGGCCGCUCUCAGUCGAUUCCUAUCCAAGCUAGCGGAAAAGGCUUUACCCUUCUUCAAGACACUAAGAAAGGUCAAUGGAUUUGUGUGGGAUGAGGAGUGCCAGGCGGCAUUCAAGGAAUUGAAGGAAUACUUAAUAUCUCCGAUCGUCCUUUCCAAGCCCGAACCGGGCGAAGACCUUGACCUCUACCUGGCUGCCUCUGACCGAGCUGUGAGCGCUGCGCUAUGCCGCACGGAUUCCGACGGUGUACAACGACCGGUAUAUUAUGUCAACCACGCCCUCCAAGGCCUGGAACUCAGAUACUCCCGCCUCGAAAAGAUGGUACUCGCCCUCUACACGACUGCAAAGAAACUCACCCCCUAUUUUCAGGGCAGAGUCAUCCGAGUGCUAACCGACCAACCGAUCGGAGCCGUCCUUCGCACGGCUUCUUCCUCCGGCCGCCUUGUAAAAUGGGCCAUGAUCCAGGGAAACCCCAACCGCAGACAGCAGGUUCAAGAUGUUUCAUGGUGGGAAGUCGCCACCGACGGAUCAAGCAGUCGGAAAGGCUCCGGAGGAGGUGUUGUCAUCACGAGCCCUGAAGGAUUCAAGGUCUACUACGCUCUGAUCUACCAGUUCUCUCCCACAAACAACGAGGCGGAAUAUGAGGCCUUCGUCGCAGGAUUGCAGUUUGCAAGGGACCUCGGAGCAGAAAGCGUAAGGCCUCGAACAGACUCGUCACUGGUAGUCGGGCAAGUUUUGGGAGACUUUGAAGUCAAUGGCGAACGACUAGGACGCUACCGAGAUCUAGCGAUCGAACGUCUAACCACUUUCAGGACGUAUGCAGUUCAACAUGUUCCCCGGAUGGACAACGCUGACGCUGACAUCCUCUCGAAGUUGAGUGUGGAAGCACCCGAGCAUAUCUCUCGAGUAGCCCGGGUCCUCGUCGUACCGUACCCUUCCAUCGACCACCGACAAGUCUUGCCGAUUCAACCGGUCGAAGAAAAUUGGAUAACCGAUAUAAUGGGAUACUUGGAAGACGGUCGACUCCCGAAUGAUGAGGCGAGAGCCCGAAAAGCCAAGCUCCGAGCAUCAAGGUUCCAGAUACAGGAAGGUCGGCUGUACAGACGGUCGUACGGGGGCCCGCUUAUGAGAUGUCUAUCCGCCUUUGAAGCCAAACUAGUCAUGGACGAGUUGCAUGCAGGAAUAUGCUCAUCACACCAGGGCGGGCGAUCAUUAGCUCGGCGGAUAAUGUUGAUUGGAUACUACUGGCCGUCGAUACAGCUCGACUGUGAGAAGCUCACCAAAGAGUUCGGGGUGCCGGUGCAGAUUGUUACAGAUAAUGGAAGACAGUUCGAGGGCCAACACUUCAAAAACUUCCUACCAACGAUCGGCACAAAAUCCAUCCGGUCGUCCGUAGCAUACCCCCAGGGGAACGGCCAAGUGGAAAAUGCUAAUCGGACGAUCUUAGAGGGUCUAAAGAAAAAACUGCACUCAGCCGGCCGGUCAUGGGCAGAUGAGCUCCCGUUUGUCCUGUGGACAUACCGCACCACCCCGAGAGAGGCGACCGGCGAAACGCCCUUCGCUUUAGUCUAUGGGGCCGAAGCACGCCUACCUGUUGAAGCAUGGAUUGCGAGCCCGAGGGAGAGUGGAUACGUCGAAGGAGAAAACGAUGCAGCCCGAUCCUUAGAUCUAGACUGUAUCGAAGAAAGAAGAGACCUAGCGGCCCAGAGAAUCGCCGACUACCAAAAAAGGAUCAAAGCCACUCGAGACGUCCGGGUACGUCCGCGCUACUUCCAAGUCGGAGACUACGUACUGAGAAGACGCGAAGCCAGCCAACCUCAAGAAGGAGGGAAAUUGGCGCAGAACUGGGAAGGACCGUAUGUGGUGUCAGCAGUAAUACGCCCGGGUACCUACAAGCUCGAAACGACAACCGGUAGACCGGUCGACCGGACGUGGAACUCAGAGAAUUUGGUGAUGUUCCGUCAAUAG